CUGACACAAUUCGCAGUCAGAUUCGCUACACAAGCCCUGUCACUACCGUUUGAGUCGCGCGCACGGAAAGCUACGCCAAUUACGACCAAAACGCCCAAAAAGAAGCGCAAUGACGACCAACGCGACACAAUCGACCGUGAUCUUCAACGGCCCAGAGGAUUGGCACGCUUGGGCUGAUGCCCUCAAGGCCAAGGCUACACAGGUCAACCUCUGGCAGUAUUUCGAAGGCACGGAAUGGCCGGAGGAGCCCACGUUUCCAGAACCAAGAUACUUCGAUCAAAAUAGGACCACCACGACAAACUCCACGGUGGAAGACGACGACGACGAGGAUGUGGAGACUCAGCUCCUACAAACCGAAGUCGAUCGUAUGCCACCGCCGCCGACCCACGGAAUCCGUGAUCCGAACAACGCCGACUACCCAAGGCUCCGUGGAGCGGCUCUCCAGAAACGACGGGAAAAAGACCAGCGUGUACGACAGGAACUGGCAGCACAACGGCACAAUGCCGCGAGCCCGGCCAACGACGAGACCAUCCUCUCCGAGAGAGGCAAGGAACAAUACAACAUGGCUAUAACGCGAUACACACGCGCGCAAAGACAAUACGAUAAGAUCCAGAAGGAGGCUUCAACUCUACUAGACUAGACGUAUAA